AUGAUGAUACUUCCCUUCGCAGGACUGACUUUUGCCAGUCUAGCAUUGUCUUCAGCUCUACCGCCUUUAGGAGCUGAAAGAAAGCUCCUCCAUGACCUACUUGGCAAGCGCGGUUACAAUGGCUCUUCAUGCCUCAACGACGCAGCACCUGUAACUUCUGCCCCGAAGCCGAAUAUAUGGGCCCAGAUCCCACCCGAAGACAAUCUCGCCGUUUGGAACCUACUUCACGCGCCAGAAUCAGGCUUGAACUUGACGCAUCCAAGCAAGGCAAUACCGUCGGACAACUACGUGUUCUGGAUUGACACUCUUCCUCUCAAUAAGACUGAUGUGCUACCUUUCAUCGACGGGGCUGGCGCAAUGCCUGCUAAAUAUGCUCGUGCUAUCAUCUUCCAGGGCGGCAAAAGUGAUCCAGAUUCUCAAGAGUACAUGAUUGGUCCUUUGCCAGUCGCCAACACAACAACUAUCCAAAAGCUCGACUAUAUCUAUAAUGGAGGCAAGGGGGGCUCCAUACCAUACAAUGCUCGAUUCUGGGACGAGCCGCGCACAGCAGCAACGGAUCCUUUGAUUGCGUCGAUCAUGUCAAACAUCUCCGACAUCACUGCAUCACUCUUCCAAGGUGCCGUCUACUAUGGCGCAAAAGACAAUAGAACAAUGACGUCCGGUGAGCCUCGAUCUUUCGAUGGAACGCAGGCAUUUCGAAACAUCAUGUUUCGCAUCCCAGGUCCUGCGACAUACAUGACCCCGUUGGACUUCUUUCUUCUCAUCGACUGCACUGGAACCGACCCAUCGCUAUACAAAAUGAAAGGGUUUGUCACCGGCGAGAAGUUUUACCCGACCAUUUCGGCUCUCCGCACUGCUUUCGAAGCUGGUGAGCUGGGCAUGGAGUUUGACCAGACUUUGGAUGCAGACUGGGCAAUGGUUGAUUAUAAGCCUGAACUCGGUGUUCGCGAUCUCGAGGAUAGGUUGGCACCAGCUACUCUGGAGAUUGGCGGGAAACGAUACAAGGUCGAUGAGAAGAACCAGUACGUCGAGUAUAUGGGCUGGUCUUUCUAUAUUGCAUUCUCGAGGACAACUGGUAUCAUGUUCUACGACAUCAAGUUCAAAGGCGAGCGCAUCUUAUAUGAGCUCUCGUUGCAAGAAGCAACCGCGCAGUACGGGGGCAACCAACCAAAAUCAGCAAACACUGUUUACCACGACACUUACUACAGUCUCGGGAUGGAGAUGGGAACCCUCAUCGAAGGUUAUGACUGUCCUUGGGGAUCUACCUUCUGGAACUUGACCUACCAUUCUAACAACGGCUCUGUGGUCAACACUAACUCCCUGUGCAUGUUUGAAGCGGAUAUGAACUUUCCGCUCUCGCGCCACCGAACAGGUGAGAGUAAUAAGUACGGUUUCAGUAGCCUGGGUACGGUCAAAGGUGCACAGCUCACCGUUCGGGCGAUUGCUACAGUGGGCAACUACGAUUACAUGUUCGAUUACGGCUUCCAUCAGGAUGGUUCUCUCGAAGUCAGCGUCCGCGCAAGUGGAUACUUGCAAAGCUCAUACUACUAUCCGAAUCAAGGAAAGUGGGGCCCACGCAUCCAGCAAGCAAUCCAAGGCUCACUUCAUGACCAUGUCAUUACUUUCAAAGGAGAUUUCGAUGUCCUUGGGACUGGUAAUUCCCUUCAAGUGUCUGAGCUCAAGGCUGUGAACCAAUCUCAGCCAUGGUUUCCGGAGCUCGGCGUAUUUGAGCAAAUAGAACUGGACGUCUCGAUGAUGCAAGAAGAGAAGCAGUUCAACUGGGCACCAAACAAUGAGGCUAUGUAUGUCGUCUUGAACCCGAAUGCGACAAACAAAUGGGGCGAGAUGCGCGGGUAUCGUUUGGUUCCCGGCCGAUCCGACAUACACCUAACCACCCUGGGCUCGCCGUGGUCUCUGAAGAAUUCGGAGUUCGCAAAGACUCAUCUCGCAGUAUCGCGACAACACGAUAACGAGGUCUUCGCAAACAGCGUGCAGAACGCCAACCUCCCAUGGGCCCCGCAGCAAGACUUUAGCAAAUUCUUCGAUGGCGAAAACAUCGAGGACGAAGAUCUCGUUGUCUGGUUCAAUCUUGGGAUGCACCACUACACACGGAGUGAGGAUGUGCCGGUCACACUGUACACCGAGGCGUAUAGCAGCAUCGUGUUUGCCCCACAGAAUUUCUUCGAUCGGGCUCAAGACGGCGACCUGUUGAACAGAAGGUGGAUCGUGGUAAACUCGACCACAGGCGAGCUCAAGUACGAAACGUAUGGUGUCGGGUUGGAGACUUGUCCUGUGCAGCUAGCUGAGCCGGCUGAGCGUAUACUCGGGGUUGUCAACAUCUGA